GUGGAAAAAACGUGAAGAGUUUGGGGAAUGAUGUGUUGUUUUGCCGCCGUGUGUGUGUGUGUGUGUGUGUGUGCUCGCUCGCGAGGGGUGGCACCGGGAGCGUGUGUUGUGGCGGCAGCGUUGAGGGAGGAGGCGGAGCGGAGGGCCAGCGAGGCAGCCGCAGGCCCGCAGCAGCCAGUGACGGGCCAACGCGCGGUCAAACAGGGUGUGUGUUUUCGUAGUUCCCGACGCGGAGUGUCAAUGGCGGGAAGCAUUUGCCCGCCUCGGUCUGUGAUCUCGAGAGUGCGAACUACUGUUCCUCUGUGCUGAAACUGCCGCGGAACUCUUUAUUGAAGCCGCUGCAAACUUAUAGCAGUCUUGUGGUGCAGGGCGCUGCGUGUGACUGUUUCGUGGCGGUGGGUCUGUGAGGAUGAGCUGACACUCGUGGGGGCCGCGAAGAAGGUUGUGCCCCACGGGUGGUGUCCACUUGGUGACUGUUGGUUGUGAUGUGAGUGGGUGGCGCCGUCCGCUUACUGUGCCAGGUUGACUCGAGAGUCAGGGUGCCAGGCAGGAUGCCGUCCGUGAGUCCCACAGGGCCAGACAUGUACGAGGGGUCGCCGCCCCCUCCCGUCAGCCCCGCCACCUCCAUGGAGCUGGGCGGCUCCUUUACCUCACAGUGUUCCGUGGAGUCCCUCGGCUCGCUGGACAGUGGGCACAGCUCGUCCGCUGACAAUGGAGCUACGGAAAGUCAGGUGGGCACUCCGUCCCCCGGGCCCCACAGCCCAACGCCUGUGAUCAAAGUCCCCAGCCUUCAGUGCCCCAAGGCCUCGGGCAAGGAGGGCUCCUACUCGGCCACACUAAGCUUGGCGUCCAUGGGUUGCCAAGACCGUCCACCGUCCAGGCUCGACCGGUCUUUGUCCAACACAUCCACGACUUCCAUCACCUCCGACAUGUCCCUCAAGUCCACUGACACGAUGAGCUCCAGCACCACCGUCAACUCGGGCCACACGGCGGCCACUUCCACCUCCACCUCCUCCACCACCAUCGUGACGCCCAUCAAGACCAAGGAGGAGCUGGACUCGUAUAUCAACCACCUCGACUCGUUGUGGUCUGAGGAGGAUGAGUGGAUCAUGAUCUUUGACAACCUCAUCAAGAACACUGAGGCCUCCACCAGGACGCGCCGCCACACGCACCACCACAGCCACCACCACACCAGCGGCUCCACCAGCUACCAUUCGUCGCCCUACACGUCGCCCUACAAAGCAGGAAGCAAAGGCGAUGAUGAAUUGGACAGAGCUAGCCGGUCUUUGCCCCGGCGGCUUCUAGCUCUCCGGAGAAAGAUCAAGUCUGGCGGGAGCAAGUCUCGAGCCAGCAGCGCCCCACCUGUCAGACGCUCCGUCCAGGGAGCCGCGCUCCCACCCAAGAGUGCUGGAGGAGAGAGUGGUGGUGGGGCCCCCCGCUCGGCUGUCAAGAGGGUGCCUUCAAUCACUCGGGGCAGGAUAGGCUCCUCAACAUCUAAUACAGCCGCAGCUGGAGCCGUGGAUGAAGCCUCCUUCUUUGCGUUAUUUGAGGAUGUGCCGAAGGUUACCAUAUACUCCACCAGGGAACUUGAGGACACGCUUACAAAAGUGCGAGAAAUCAUUGCAAGUUCCAGCAAUGACUGGGACAAGAGAGUGGACGCUCUCAAAAAAAUAAGAAGUUUAAUAGUAGCUGGUGCUGCAAACUAUGAUGAGUUCUACCCUCACCUCCGGCUGCUGGAACAAGCCAUGCAAAUUUCCAUCAAGGAUCUCAGGUCCCAGGUGGUGCGUGAGGCGUGCGUCACAGUGGCCUACAUGUCUCAGGAGCUGCACCAUAAAGUGGACCACCUUUGUGAGACACUCCUCCCAAAUCUAAUUAAUUUAAUCCCAAAUAGUGCUAAGAUUAUGGCAUCCUCUGGUAUUGUUACAAUUCGUUUCAUCAUACAAAACACUCACCACCACAAGCUCAUCCCAAUCCUCCUUCGAGAACUUACCAGUAAAAACAGGGAGAUUAGAAAAGUGCUGUGUGAGGUGCUUGAUCAGCUGGUCCACACCUGGCCCACUCACUCCAUGGAGAAGCACAUUGUCAUACUCUCUGAGAGCAUAAAGAAGGGGAUCACGGAUGCUGACCCGGAGGCACGAGCUUUCUCCAGGAAGGCUUAUUGGGGCUUUGCGGAUCACUUCAAGGAGGAAGCAGACAAGUUACUGAACUCCCUUGACCCCAGCUACAAGAAGAUGCUUCAGGGUGAGAUGGGCAUGUCUAAUUCCUCCUCAUCCCAGUCCCUUCAAGGCUCACAAAGUAAACAAGGCGGAAGUCGCACUGGCUGGGUGAGGUCCCCUUCCACCACAGGGAGCACUGAGAAUCUCUCGGGACAGUUCUCUAGACUGUCUCACAGCAGUAUCCAGCGAUCUGCUAUCCCUACUCCUUCCUCACACCGACCACAGGACUCCCCAGCCUCCCCUGUUACACCCACCAACAACUUCCGCUCCAACAGUGCCAUUGACCUGCAGGCUGCCAGGCGGGCUCAAGCUCGGUCACAGUAUGCCCAAGCCCAGAGGCUCAAGGUGGGCUCUGGGGCAUCACUACGACCUGAAGGAGAGGAUAAAGCACGUCCAAGGAAAACGUCCGAUCAUCCGCCCAUCAGCUCCAUCACCUCCCCAGACCGCAUGGGCCGCUCCAGAAGUAGGGGUGGCGUCUCACAGUCACAGCCUGGUAGUCGCAGUGGGUCUCCCUCGUCACGGCUCAGUUACGCAACCUAUGCCUCACCCGGUGACUCGGGCACCAUGGGCCGCUCCCGCCGCAGGAGUGGCAUACCCCGCUCCACUGGCACUUCAAGGGAACCCUCACCCAGUCGUUACAGUGCUCUCAGUGGAAUCUCUCCCUCCAAAUCCCGAUCAAGGUCGAUCUCUGGUGCAUCAGAAAUGCCUCCCCAAGUGCCUGGCAAGUCACGGCAGGUGAUGGCGCAGAAAAUUUUGCAGCAGAGUCGGGAGGCUGAAAGUGCCCUAGCUGAUGCUUUAGUGAGCCUUCCACCAGGAGGAGUGUUGUCCACUGCGACUCUGCAGCAUUCCACCAGUCAUCGCUCUCCUAAUAGGAAAAUGUACACGAAGGCCUUUGAGGAUCAGUCCGACAAUGAAAGUGAGACCUCCAGUGUCUGUUCCGAGCGAUCCUUUGACUCCUGCAGAAGGAAUGACCUAUUCUGGUAUGGAUCACAACAACGUAUUCUCAAGGAGGUCUGGGAGCCAUCAGCCAAGAUGCAGGAUGUGAAUGACAUUAUUUCAAACUGUGCCUCCACCCACUGGGGUGACCGAAAGGAGGGUCUGGUGGCUCUGAAGGCCUUCCUGCAGGGCUCCCACAUGCUCACUGGCUCAGAGCUGCGGCGUGUCACAGAAAUCUUCACCAAGAUGUUUAUGGAUGCCCACACCAAGGUGUUCACCAUGUUCCUGGACACACUCAUGGAUCUGAUAAUGGUGCACAAGGCAGACCUUGGGGACUGGCUCUAUGUGCUCCUUACCAGAUUGCUCAAUAAAUUGGGUUCAGAUCUUCUUGGAUCAGUCCAGACCAAAAUUCACAAAACCUUAGAUUUAGUGAGAGAUUCAUUCCCCUGUGAUCAGCAGUUUAUUGUUAUUAUGAGAUUCCUUGUGGAUCAAACUCAAACUCCGAACUCUAAAGUGAAGGUGGCAACUCUCACAUACCUCAAGUGUUUAGUUGACGUUAUGGAGCUGGGGGACCUGACUGCCUCCCCUGACACCCCUGUGGCCUUGGCAAAGAUCCUAACAUGGACAGCAGACCAGAAAUUCCUUGACAUCAGACGAGCAGCAUCUGCAGCCUUCAUCGCCAUGUUCAACUGCAACAUGACAGAAUUCACAGCUCUUCUACAGCAGCUUCCUCCUGCAUGUCAGAGCACAGCAUCACAGAUCAUACAGACCCACUUGAAAAGAGUGUCCAGUCUUGAUGCAUCCCCCUCCUCCCUUCCCCCUCGAACUCCUCCCAGCUCAGGAGGCACACCCGUGCUUCAGAGUCCUAACACUUCUCUCCCACGCUCUCACCGACCUACAAGAUACAACACCAUCGACUUUGAUGAUACCGAAAACCUCAACCCUGAAGAAGUAUAUAGAAGUUUGAAACGCACAACAGCAGAGAUCCAGAACUACAGCUUUGACCUGGAAAGUUUAGAAAAGCAUAGAGACUCUACAUCACAGGACUCGGGCAUCAGCCAGCUCUCGGCAGGCGGCGCAGACACUCGUGGCAGUGAUGUCGUUGAUGAUAAGCAUGCUGAGGACACCAAUGGCAUCCUGUCUGGCCGGUCAUCAAGUGUGUCAUCCCCUACACACCGUCAACUCUCCCUCAUGUCCGACUCGUCCAGGAAUGGCUUGGACACCCUCACCGAUGAUGACCUGGGUGAUGGGCAGGAGAGCGAUGCUGAAAUAAUGACAAGUGUGAUCGCCGAGCUGAGCAACACUGAAGAAGGUCGCUCUGUGGAAAAACGUAGUGCCCUCACCAACCUUAUCCGUCUCGCCCGCACUGGUUCAACAUUAGUAUGGAAUGAAAACUUCCGCGCAGUGCUUCGACUCUUGCUGGAGAGUCUAAACUGUGGUGAUGGUGGCCAGCGUGCACUGGUGCUUGCGGUGCUCACGGAGAUGAUGCGCAGGAGUCCUCUAGUCCAUCACUUCCUCAGCUUCUCAGAGUUAAUAAUUCUGAGAGUACUUAAUGCACAUGGAGAUAAGGAGAAGGAAGUGCUUAGGGCAGCCCAGGUUUGUGCUGGCACUGUGGCUGAAAUUCUUCCUCCUGAAGUGGUAAUCCGUGUCCUGAAGCCUCUGAUCCAAAUGGCUGACUAUCCUGUGAAUCAGGCAUCCAUCAAGAUGCUCAAUAAACUAGUUGAAGCUCAUCAGCCUUCAAUUGUUGCUGCUGCCCUACCAGAGAUUAUGCCUGGACUUAUUAAGGCUUAUGACAACAAGGAUUCAUGUGUGCGCAAAGCCUCUGUAUUCUGCAUGGUGGCCUUGCACAAUGCUGUGGGUGAAGAGGCCAUGCAGCCUCACCUAGAUGGCCUCACUGGCUCCAAGUUGAAACUCCUUAAUCUGUACAUCAAGCGAGCAGAAACGCAGAACUCUGGGGCAUCUUCCCCUAAGUCUGAGCCUCCAAUGUGAGGGGGAAGACUGAGGUUGUGAAGGUUGAGUCAGGCAGAAAUAGAAAUAAAGGUACUCCAAGUGGCUUCAUCAUGAGGUGAUUGAGUGAAUUAACAUGUAGAUAUUCAAAGAAAAAGAAAUUUAUCACCAGUCAAAAUAAGAAGCAAAAACACUUGUGAUAUAUAUUCAGUAAUGACAUUGUGUUUUCUUUGGCAGUUGAGUAUGUUCACUUAACCUUGGCACAAAAUUUAUAGGAAGAGCCACAGAACUAAAACCUCAUCUUCAAACCUUCAAGGCAAGUCCAGGUGAAGGCUUGUAUCUCACCGUCUGGCUGGAGCACAGGGAGGAUGACAUGAACUACACAUUCUUUUGUUUUUAUCAAUUUGUUUUAUCUUUUUAGCAAGAUUGGAUACAGUAAAUGAAGUAUGCUGGCCUUUAGUCAGUGCUGCUUUGAUGUGUCAAAUCUAACUUUUUAGAUUUCAAAAGCUCAAAAAAGGCAAAGUUUGGAAAUUGUACCUUGGGCACUUCUUUCAAUGAAGAUCAUUGUCAUAUAUUUUUUACAUACCCUUGUGUUAUCCAUCACUUUUAUGUAAUGAUUUCCCAUGCUUCCCAGUCUUCUGUUAAUGCUUGGAGAAAACUUGGACACAGAUUGUAACACACACUGACAUAAUUACAAGGAAAUUGGAUUUGAGAAGUUAGGCUUCUAUAUCAGGUGUUUCAUACAUCAUUUAAUCUGAGGGUGCAAGGGAGAUUAUAUGAAGAAUAUAUUGUGAAUGGUUUUUCACUAUUGAAUUUAUCCCAAAUUUUAAAGAUUGCAAUGUUUUGAUAAAGAAAGCUUUCCAUCAGCAGCAAAUGACCCAUGUUGGCUGUUAGGCCAAGUGAGGGAGCAGCUAAAGGGCAAGGAAAUACAAACAAGCCCACAAAGCACGUCUCCUGUAAGAAGGGGAUGGCUGGAGUGGCCAAAAGAGAGGGUCAAAUUCAGUUGGAGAGGUGUCUUGAUACUCCCCUCUCAAAAGAGUUCAAGUGUUAUAGGGAGAAGGAUAUACAGAUGAAGGAAGGCUGUUGCAGAGUGUGUCAACUAAGGAUAUGAAAGAAUGAAGAUGCUUCAAAUAGAGAUAUCAGUGAAGAGACACUCAAGAUGUGCUCCGCUUUGGAAUUUAAAUUAAGAAUUUUCCAUAAUUUGUAGAAGUAGGUGAAAUAAACAUCACAGAUGUAUUUGUAACAGAAGGACUAUUACGUCAUAGCCAGAUGGUGGAAAAUUCUGAAAAAUCUAGGUUGUGGGCAUGAGAGAAGUGAUAUCAUUGCUUAUAUAGAUACAGCAUCCACUUUGGAUUGAAAUUUUGGAUAAAGAUAGUAGGAGGGAACAGAAUAAAGAUAAUUGUCUGUAGCCUCAGAAACCUGUGUUUCAGUGAAGAAGAGGUGAGGUUUAGAAGAGGAGAGAUGGUGCUCCACAAACGGAAAUUAUUGCAAAGACCAAGAAUGCUGCAGAAGUUAACUGAGAAAGUUGGAGGAACUAUCAAGACACCUCUUUGGGUUGUUGCCAGAAAUGGAGUCGCAUAUAUGUAAUUUGAUGUGGAAAUUAAGAUAAUUUAUCUUAGAGAGGAUACUGAACUAUUCUCUGGUGUUAAGACAACAGAGAAACAGAAAGUGACGACAAGGGAAGGUCUUUGAUAGCCUUGUAGCACUCCCUUGCCUCCCGUAUAUACCUCACCGGGAGUGACUUACGCCCAUUUUGGCAAGUAAAAAAUAAACCCUGCCUACUCCUCUCUCUUGGCAACCUGUGUGUGAUAGUUAAUUAUGUGAUUACUGACAACAUAUAUAUGGCUUUUCUAAGCAGUGUGAAAUACUGUAAAGCAAAAAUAGGAUGUUAAGGACCAAGCAGUAUCUCUGUAUUUUGAUGCAUAUGUGCCAUUAGGAGUACCCUUCAAGUCAAGGGAAAGUGGUGGCAUGACUUCCCGUUGCAUACUCUCGUUUUUUGUGCAGAGUGUACUCGGAGAGAGUUGGAUUUUAAAGAUGAGGGAAAAAUACAACUAUUAACACUAGUGUCAAUAGAAUACUUCAUCACUAGGGGCUGGGAGCUAGUCAAAUGUGCUUUGAAUUGGCAUCUUGAUAGUGUUGUUUGUCUGUUUUUAUUAUCUUUUAAGCAUAUUUUACGGAUACGAAUGUGAUUGGUCAAUAUAUUUAUUGGCCUUAUUGUUGCAAGAUUCGCUUUAUUUAGGAGGGUCUAAACAUUGUUAAGAGCAAGCUUGUGACCCAGAUGGUAAUUUUUGCAACUUGAAUGAGUUUGGUCAUGCUGGGCACCUACAGAGGAGGUGUGUAGGCCCAUCAUUCCAAUAUCCUGAGCACCUGACACAGCUUGGCAUGAAUGCUAGCCUGCCUUGUGCAAAGCUUUUUGGUGAAAUGUAUGAUAGUUACAAACAUGUAUUAUAAAUCAUGUACAUAAUAGAUAUUCUCCCCCUCCCCCAACCCUUGGUCAUGGAUACUAAAUCUUCCAGCAAUUUUUUUAGUUUGUAUUUCUUAUGUUACUUAACACUACCAUAUCCUCUAAGCAAAUGAGUUACUGGCAUGAAAUGGACAGCAAAUGUAUGAAAGGCACCAAUGCUUCAACCCCCUUCAAAACAAACAAAAAUAAACUUCUUUUUUUUUUAUUUUAUUUUUAUUUUAUUUUUUUUUUAUUUUUUUUUUUUAUCUGUCCCAUGGCUACUUCUGUCAUUUUUAAGAAGCUUUCAGUCACCCUGCCCUUUGGUGCUGAAGCUCUAAGCUUCAACUGUCUAAAGUUUCUACAAGUAUGGUUUUUCCCUGCCUCAACACCCUGCAAACAACUUUGACAAGUGCACAGUUCUGAAAAUGCACUUGUGUUGCACACAGACAGUUUGGUUGAUGCUUCUUUGAUGUGUGAAACAACUUGCAUUCAUGUCAGAAAAAUAAAUACAGAAAAAUGUAAAGCAUACAGUUAAGUUCUCUUAUACCUAUUGAAAAGAAAAAAUAUAUCACCAUCUAACAUUUAUUGCAAGACUCAUGUAUGUGUUGAAUCUUCUGUUAACAACUGCAUUGAGUCAUUCACUUUUUUUUCCAAAGUACUCUGGAGGUGUAUGUGUGUGUGUGUGUGUGUGUGUGUGUUUGUGUGUGUGUUUGUGUGUGUGUGUGUGUGUACACAUUCAUGCAUGUUUGCAAUGUUUUAUACGUUUUAGAGAUGUGGUUUUCAAAGUGACUGAGAUAUACCCUAGAUGGCACCCUAACAGCCAGGUCAUUGGUGUGCUGGUUUAUAAAGCUGCAGCCAAACUGUCACCUUAUAUACCAAAGCAGAUCAGAUAAAAAGCAAACUUAAAAAGGAUGUUUAACUAUUAUUUUAUUUUAUUUAUUUAUGUUUUUUUUUUACUUUUUAUUAUUAUUAUUAUUUUUUUUUUUUCCCAUUGUAAAGAUUGAACACUGGAAACUGAUAACUAUUUUUUUAUAUUAUGAUAAUACUACUCCUUGUAAUUAUAAAGUUAUUUUGAAAAGAAGAAAAAUUAGCUUUAAUCGUAACCAUGCAUUGUGACACAUAACUGCUUGUUUUGUCUAUUUCUUCAUGUCAUUACUGUAUAUGAUGAUUUAUGUGCCAAUAUUUGUUUUCUCUGUACAUGUGAUACCUCUGGUGUUGGAUAGUGGUGUGUGCAGCCCUUACUGGAUCAAGGUUAUGACUCAAGCUGUUGCUGUAAUAGAUGCAUGGACACUGUCAUGCAUUCUUGAAUGAGUGAUAAACAAGUUACCUAAAACUGUCAUUUUUUUAUAGACCAACAAAUGAACAUCAUUUGCAGCUUUAAACUAGUAUCAGCAUGCUAUUAACUGUUAGUUUUUUAGAGUUGUGAUGAACGGUGCUCUGCACUGGUCUCUGUACUAUUAAUUUUGUCAGCUGGUUUACUGUUAUGAUGCUACCGGGAGCAAGACAGGGACUAUUCAUAAAGCCAGACACAAUGUAUUUUCUGAAUACAAAAAUUGUCUUGUUAUUCAUUUCUACUUUUUUUAUUUAUACUUUCAUGGUAGGAGUGAUAUUUAGUGAAACAAAAUGCAAAUUCCAUGGAUUUUUCCAGAUCUGCAACAUGAAUUGUGAUAGUGUCAGCUGUGGCUUUCAAAAUAUUACAGGUCAUGGAUAUUCUUAAGGAACUCAAGAGUCAUUUAGAUUUCACUCAUGUUACAGGGAAUUCAGGCUUGAUGGGAAAGCUCACGAGACAGACUCACGGGGAAGCAUGGUAAGUGUGAGGGAUGCAGGCUGCCCCAGGUGACUCCUUUGCACAUUCAUUACCCUAAUAAAUCUCAUUACAGA